UCUCUUCCUUCUUCCCUAUUUUUGUUCUAUUCUCCUAAUCACCUCUCAACUCUCCCUCCCAUUACUGUUCAGAUUCCACAUAUUCUUGUCAAUUUGCUGUUCACAUUUCGCAAAUACGAAGAUGUUGCAAGAUAUGUGGAAUGCACCCCCAGGUUUCAGACCCACAAAAUCGGCUCCAUCUUCCCCGGCCAAACCCCUCGGAGUCUCCAGAACUCGUUCCGAAUCCUUUCACGUUGCCCACAAAGUCCCCAUUGGCGACAGCCCUUAUGUUAGAGCCAAAAAUGUUCAAUUGGUCGAAAAGGAUCCGGAAAGGGCAAUUCCAUUGUUUUGGGCAGCGAUUAACGCAGGAGAUAGAGUUGAUAGUGCUCUCAAAGAUAUGGCAAUUGUAAUGAAGCAACAAAAUAGGGCUGAAGAAGCCAUUGAAGCUGUUAAAUCUUUGAGAACUAGGUGUUCAGAUCAGGCACAGGAAGCUCUUGACAACAUCCUGUUAGACCUAUAUAAGAGAUGCGGAAGAUUGGAUGACCAAAUAGUCCUGUUGAGGCACAAAUUGUUUUUGAUACAACAAGGUUUGGCCUUCAAUGGAAAGCGUACGAAAACUGCAAGAUCCCAGGGGAAGAAGUUUCAGGUUUCUGUGGAGCAAGAAGCAACUAGAUUACUGGGGAAUUUAGGGUGGGCGCUGAUGCAGCAAAAUAACUACAUUGAAGCAGAGGAUGCUUACCGUAGGGCACUAGUGAUUGCACCAGACAACAACAAAAUGUGCAAUUUGGGUAUUUGCUUGAUGAAACAAGGGAGAGUUGGUGAGGCAAAAGAGACACUUAGGAGAGUUAAACCAGCGGUGAUAGACGGCCCUAGAGGUGUAGAUUCCCAUCUCAAGGCCUAUGAAAGAGCACAGCAGAUGCUCCGGGACCUCGAGUCUGAAAUGAUGAAUAAAGGUGGUGAUAGAAUUGAACAAAGGAAGCUGUUUGAUGCCUUCUUGGGCUCUUCCGCUAUCUGGCAGCCUCAGCCUUGCAAGGAACAUAAUACUAGCACUUCGAGUAAACCUACCAAGUCAAGCCAGCCUCAAGAUGAAUUUGCUAAUGAGAACAUCAAUUCUACUAACAUCAUCAGAAACCAGACAGCUCCUUCUCUGCAAAAGAGUAUGAAUCCAAAUAUUUCAUAUGGGAACCUACUCAAUAUCGACGCUCCACCAUUUUAUUCAACCAAGACUACGAAUGAACCCGCAAAUGUCCCGAUUCCAGAGAGUCUUAAGAGAACAAGAUCUGGAAACGCAACUCAACUAAUGAGAAAAGAGUCUCUUGGGACAAUCACUGAACCAGAAAAUAAGAUGAGAAAGCAGUCAAUUUCACCAGAGAAAACAGAAGACAGAUGGGCAGGGUUGCUGCCAGAUAGCAAGGAUUUUGAAGAUGCUAUAAUUGCAGCCGCUCUGGGAUCAAAUCAGGAAACAUUCAAGCUGGAAGGAAGCAAAGAUACUGGAAUCCUUCCAAGGAAAGUUGAGAAAAGAUUGAGGGUUUUUCAAGACAUUACCUUGUCGAUGAGUCCACGAGCCUGACUAACUUUAUUUAUUUAUUUUAGCUGUAUGAUUAGUAGUCUAAUUUCAUUUUUAAAUUACGGUAACAUCAUUGAUUUUUAACUAUCAUCGGAGAUAAACUUGUUCUCCUUUACUCCAUACUUCCUCAAGAAGGUUGUUAUGUGGUAACACCCUAAUGUCUUUUAGGCGGCGUCUAAUUAUUGAUAUUGUUGGUGCCUUGGCAAUUAUUCUUCAAUAAAAAGUUAUUUCUUCUUCUU